GCCAGUCUGGGUUUCUCAUCAGGGGGACUCCGCGGAUCAGGGACAUAAGGGGCACCUAGGACCGUCAUGAGCCGGCUGGGCCGCUUACCCUGGAGAUUGGCCACCAGGGCACUCUGCAGUCCCUGUUCAGUCCAAGUGACAGUCAGUGCACAGCCUCCCCUUCUGAGCAGGCUAGCAUCAGCGGUGCAGAGUAUAGACUACAGGAGCUCCUGGCAUAAGGAACUUCACACAACUGGCCCAACGUUUGCUUCGGGUGAUGUGACCCUCGACCUGGAACAUGCAACAGGUCUUGAGAGGGCUGAAAUGGAGGGGCAGCUGCACAACAAAGACAUCUUCCAUGAGGACUGGCUGGAUGCCCCUUUUGGCACAGAGGACAAACCCGUGGAGGUGACGUCAUCAUUCUCAGAGCGCAUAGUGGGCGUGCCUGACCCCUAUGAUGACUCGAUCAUCUGGUGGGGCCACAUUGAGGAGGGACAGCCACCCAAGCAGCUGGUGGAGGGCGGGGAGUUCUUUGUGUUGAAGCGUGUGGGAGGCGACAGCCACGGUCACUGAUGAGGAUACCAGCUGGGAGUUGCUGCUAUUUGUAGGAGCACGAUAGAGGCUGUCCGCCUGCGUCUGAGAUUCAGACUGGGUCCUCAUGCUUGGAAGUGCACAGUGUGAAAGGAUAGCAGCAGACAUGCCUACAUUUUGCCAGAGUUUGCUGCAGAUGCUCACUGCUCAAUUUAAGAUAUAUUCAUCAGCCAGCAGUCAUUCAUCUUGCUCGAGCAGCAUGUAGGAAAUGGUCCCAAAU